GUUUCAAUAUUCCCCUCUUGACAGAACACCAGGCAUGGAUCACAGCACUGGGCCGCGUCUGACUGGCAACUUUCCCCAUCAAAAUACUCCUCGCCGGGGCCACACUGCACUGUGAAAGGCGGAUCGAUCUCACAGAAGGAAGUGGAGAAACAAAGAAAAAAAUUACCGUAUCUUGUCUCUUCCUUCUCCUCCUCCUCCUCCUCCUCCUCCUCCUCGUCUUCCUCCUCCUCCUCCUCCUCCUUUAUCAGAAAUAUGUGUGUUCCUCUUCUUCUUCUUCUUCUCAUCUCUAUUGAAAGAGCAGCGUGUGAGCGGCUCGGUCUAAGUGAAGUCAUCCCGGAACACUAUGACAGACUGGCCCCGCCGAAAGAGGAUGGGAAACCAACCUUUGUGUACUUCCACGUCACCAUUAUGAGCAUUGACUCCAUCAGUGAAUCAGCGCCUGACCACAGCAAUAACUUGGAGGUGUACACAGACAGCACAGUUGCCAGUUAUGACAUAGGGAAUUCACAAUCAUCUGGGACCUUUGUGGCAGACAUCUUCUUCGCCCAGUCUUGGCGGGACCAUAGACUUCUUCUUCCCUCAGACAUGAAGAAAGACUACAGGCUUCUAGAGUUAGACUGGCUGGAUAAAUUCUGGCGUCCUGACUCGUUCUUCAAAAAUGCUAGAGAGGUAAAAUUUCAAACUAUGACCGUGCCUAACCACUAUGUCUGGCUCUACAAGAACUUCACCCUUCUCUACAUGGUUAAGCUGACUCUCACUCUAACUUGCGCGAUGAAUUUCGUGGUUUACCCUCACGACACGCAGGAGUGUAAGAUGCAGAUGGAGAGCCUCUCCCACACCACAGAGGACCUGGUGUUUGUGUGGGAUGAAAAAAUACCGCUUGCUGUGGACGAAAAAAUUGAACUUCCACAGCAGAAUAUAGUGGGGAACGAAACUUCAGACUGCACGCAAAUGUAUACUACAGGUAACUUUUCCUGCCUGGAAGUCGUAUUUAAAUUGAAGCGACGUCUUGGUCACUAUCUGUUCCAUACAUACAUUCCGACCUGCCUUAUAGUCAUCAUGUCGUGGGUGUCUUUUUGGAUACGCCCAGAGAUCGCCCCAGCGCGUGUCACCCUGGGAGUCACCUCGCUGCUCACCAUGUCAACACAGCACGCCCGCUCUCAGGCCGCCCUCCCGCCCGUCUCUUAUAUAAAGGCCAUCGAUGUAUUUAUGUCAUCCUGCACCGUGUUUGUGUUUCUAGUCCUAAUGGAAUAUGCAGUUAUUAGCGUCAUAAUGGGCGAUGAAUCAAGAUUGCGCAAAUUAAGGAACUGCGCUAAAUAUGGAUCGGCCAAGAUUAAUUUUACCACAGUGAAGGAAAGGCGCGCCCAGGCGAUCAAAGUGGACAAAGUUGCAAGAUAUUUAUUUCCCACAUCAUUUGCUGUUCUUAAUUUCAUCUACUGGGCAACAUUCUGGCAGUACCUGUAGUAGUAGUAGUAGUAGUAGUAGUGGUGGUGGUAGUAGUAGUAGUAAAUUGGAUAUAAAAAUGUUUAGGGUCUAGAGAAGAGGAAGAGGGAGAGAGUAGUAGUGGUGGUGGUGGUAGUAGUAGUAGUAGUAGUAGUAGUGGUGGUAGUAGUAUGUAUAUUUAAAUAAACAUA